UGGUCGCGGCUGGUAUUAUCAGCCCCGGGCUGUAAAAGAAAAGGAAGAAAAAAAAAACCUCUAGGAGAACAAAGAAAUCAGAGUCUAUUUAAAGGGAAGAAGCCGUUGUGACGCCCGGCUUUCUGCGCCACCCGCUGCACAGUUGCGCCAGAGCCGGCACUGCCCCGCGCGCCCCCGAGGAUGCGGAGCUCCGUGGCCGUGUGCUGCUGCGUCUUUGCGCUGCAAUGCCUCCCGAGCGCGCUGUGCCUCCCGGCGCGGGCACCCAGCAGGUACAAAGCGGCGCCGUUCCCCGACCCGAAGAAGAGGGGGAAGCUUCCUCACGCUCAGGACUUGGUGAAGGAGGCGGGUCAGCCGUCAAACGCCUCGGCCGCGUGGAACCGGCCUCGCUGCGGCGUCCCCGACUACCCGACCCGCGAGGAGGUCCAGCACCGGGGACGCCACCGCCAGAGACGCUUCGUCCUGUACGGAGGACGUUUGGAGAAGACGGACCUCACCUACAGGAUCGUCCGGUUCCCCUGGCAGAUCGGCGAGGAGAAGGUCCGACGCGUCUUCCAGGAGGCGCUGAAGAUCUGGAGCGACGUCACGCCGCUGACCUUCACCGAGGUCCAGGGCCCGAAGGCCGACAUCCGCAUCGACUUCACGAGGUACUGGCACGGAGACAACCUCCCCUUCGACGGCCCGGGUGGGAUCCUCGCUCACGCCUUCUUCCCCAAAACGCACCGGCAGGGCGACAUCCACUUUGACUACGACGAGGCUUGGACCCUCGGGAACCACAUGGGGACGGACCUCCUGCAGGUGGCGGCCCAUGAGUUCGGGCACGUCCUGGGCCUGCAGCACUCCCGCGUGCCGGGAGCCGUCAUGUCGGCGUACUACUCCUUCUCCUACCCGCUGAGGCUGAGCGACGACGACACGCGCGGCAUCCAGUACCUCUACGGGGCCCGGCCGCGGGUCCCGCCCACACCGCCGCCGCCGCCACCCAACCCGGAGACCAACGAGAUCAUCAGGAACCCCGACGCCUGCCAGACGGACUUUGACGCGGCGUCGAUGAUCCGCGGCGAGCUCUUCUUCUUCAAGUCGGGCUUCGUGUGGCGGAUCCGGGACGGGCGCCUGGAGGGGGGGUACCCGGCGCUGGCCUCCCGCCACUGGAGGGGCAUUCCGGACACCAUCGACGCCGCCUUCGAAGACAAGGCGGGGAAUAUCUGGUUCUUUCAAGGUGAGAACUACUGGGUGUUCGAUGCCGAGAUGCAGGUGCGGGGCCCGGAGCCCGUCCGGGGGCUGGGCCUGACGGCGUCGGGGAUCCGGGCGGCGCUGCGCUGGGGCCACGACGCCGACUUCGACACCUACUUCUUCGGGUCGGGCGGCUACUGGAGGUUCAGCCCCCACCGGCGGCGGGUGGAGGCCGCCCCCCCGCGCAGCAUGCAGGACUGGAGCGGCGUCCCCGACGACGUGGACGCCGCCUUCAGGGACGCCUACGGCUACGCCCACUUCAUCCGCGGGCGCCAGUACUGGAAGUUGGACCCGGUUGCCAUGAACUCCUUGGAGGGCUACCCGCGCUACGUCGGCGUGGACUUCUUCGGCUGUAGGAGCGCAUGAGUCUUUCACCGCUGGGGGGGGUCACGUCCGGUUUUCGGAGCAGAGACGUUUCUUCCCCUUUGCUCCGUUUGUGGAGUCUCACUCGUCAGGGACGGACUCGGCCUCCCGUGCAGCUUCACCCGGAUCCGUUUUGCACAUUUUUCUGUUGGUCUUAAUCACCACGAGGUGAGAAGCUGGGCCCCCGGGGGCUGCUUUUCAUUUGGUGUUUGAAGCGUGAAUCACAACAAAAGGUCACGUCGUUUCUCUUUGAUUCAGAGUUUCUUAUUAGUAGAACGCGCUGCUCCACAGCUUCCACUUCCGACUCGUUUGGGUUUCAGGUCCUGAAGGAGUCAGAAGGUCGGACCACAAAUCCCAUCCACAGCAUCACCGUACUAUUAGUAUUAUGCAAACUGAUUUAGAGUUAGGGCGGGGCUACAGGGUGAUUGACAGGUCACUAAUUGACCAUGAGGCAGGUGAUGAUUAAGGGCGGGGCUAGGUGCUGAUUGACAGGUCUCUACCAGAGACGUAUACAGCGUUUUUACGUCCUCCUCAGUCCAUAUAUGGUCCCUUCAAAAAAGAGACUCGAUUCCAAAAUAUCACACAGCGCUUAACCUCCAUCCCUCUGGACACAAAUAUGGUUCUCACUCCUAAGUGAAGCGUCUGUGAUUUAUGAACAUAUUUAUUUUCCUUAUUUGGGCAAAACAACAAGGUUCCUGUCAGAAAAGACGUAUUUAGGCCUUUUAGAUGUUAUGUAACCAACACAAACGCUGCCUCUGCAUGUCACUCAAUGUGGAGUCUUAAUGAAUACUGGGAAGGAGGAGGAGGAGGAGGAGGAGGAGGAGGAGGAAGAUACCGUCACUGCUGCCUCCGCUGUGAUGUCACUCCUCCAACGUGACGUCAUGACGCUCUCGUAGGUGAUGUCACUCCUCAGCAGUCUGAGGGCGGUUUGAUGAGAAGCUCCAGGGCGCCACCUGGAGGACGCCCCCCCCCCCCCCCACAGCACGACCGUCUCUGCUCCGCCUCACGCUAGAUGAUCCUCCGUCACCUCGCCGUGGUGCGUUCAGGGACAGCGGCGGCUGGGUGUCAAAAACACAGUUACUCAAGUACAAUUGAAGGUAUUUGUGUAGACGACGUCUACGUUAAACACACAAGGAGCUAAAGGUCAAAGGUCUCUCAAACCAGAUCACUGAGAACAGACUCGGCUCCUCCUCCUCCUCCUCCUUCAUCAUCUUUAAUCUGAUCCAGCUGUGACUGGCUCCUUCACUGGGACUAAUUAGUUUUUUUCUUCUACGAUUUGUUUGACAAAAUACUUGUUUUCCCUCUAAAUAUUUGUAACAUCUCCCUAUAAUCACAUGUAUUUGGUGCCAUAAUAACGUAUAUUUUAUUAUAUAAUCAGUCAAAAGGGACGUUUUACUUUUACUUUUGAUAUUUGGAGUGCAGUCAGUAGAAAAUAUACCUGAAGUAUUUUUGUUCCGUGGUACUAAUACUCAAAGGUGGUUUAGAAACUUCAUCACAGGACUCUUCCUCCUCUCUGGGACCCAGUGACGCCGCGCUCCGACCUCUGCGUGGGCCCCGUCCCGCAGGUUGAGCCCCGCUGAGCUGAGAUCAGAUGUUAGUUGUUCAGUGCAGGGCGCUGACGAGUCUCAUACGAGUAUUUAUACACAACCCCCUUCCAUGUACAUACAUGUCUUUAUGUUUUUUGUCUAAAAUCCUGUGCAUUGAAAUGAAUGAAAUGUGUAUUGUUUUCUUAUCAAUAAAACCAUAACCUUUUG